AUGUCCGAACAUUUUCACGAUAUUACACACGAUGACAGUCAAGAAGCAUAUCUUCAAAAUUCAAAAUCAUCCAGACAUCAAUUUGCACAGCUCACAGGAUUCGAGUCAUUUGCUCAUCGAGCUCAACGAAAUUCUCUUCUCGAGAAUUAUGAUACAGUUCAGAGUUUCUUAUGGGGAGUCGUGGAGAGAUGUCGCGGGCUAUGCGAAAAAGAGCUGGCAGUGCUGAUUGAUGUUUCAGCUCAAUGCAGUCAACAGGAUAAUAAUGGAAAUAAUGAAAUUUCGACGAUUGCUGAAAUGAAUUGGGAUUCCUUAUGCACUUGUAUAGGAAAGCACACCGCGGAUCCAGACGAAACCCGGCUUCGGACGAAAUUCCAGCCGCUGCUCUCAUUUCUGUUAAUGAGAGAGGAUUUGUUCUGAAAGUAGCCCCAGUCAAUAAGAAUGGAGUGGUUCACAAAGCAGUGCAUGAUGCCGUACAUGUGUUGACCGGUUCAUUUAAAAAAAACAAGAGUGAAUAUUGGUGCAUUCAAAAGCUUUUCGUGAUCCGGCUCCCCUGCCCGAUGGUGAAUAGGCUCCGGAACCUCUAAUCCC